UGUCGUUCCUCGAAUAUGCCAGGAGCUUCCGGGAAGUUGAGGAUCUCAGGGAGUACCUACUUUCCAGGAAGCCCGUACCACCAGCGGCGUCAGAGGAUGACAACACUGUUGGCUUUGGAACCAGGGCCAGGGAUACCUGGAGGCAGAUCUGGGAGAGCAGAGCAGAUGGUUACGCUGCCUUUAUUUUAGGUCGUAGCUGUGUAAACAACAGCAAAAUGCACCAUCUGCAGACCUAUCUCCAGAAGCAGAAGAAAGCCGAGUCCUGCCGAACACCUCCAGCAGUCUCUGCUGCCUCCACACCACCAUGCAGCAGUCUGGUGAUGGAGCAGGAUGAGGACCUGGAGAGGGAAAUGCUCACUCUGUCCCCAUCUAAGGAUUUCACUGAGCCACGGCCACAAGCAGAAGUCCCAAGGGCCACAGCUGUGCCUCCAGCAACAGCACGCAGGACUCAGCCAGAGGCCACAGUCUCCAGAGCUGCUCAGGCCAGUUACUCCCCUAAAGAUGUCACCCCGGUAAAAGCCAAGGUCCCAUUACCAGUGCCGCCCCAGCUGCUUGCCAUUGCUCCACAGCUCGGGAUUAAAGAGUCUCUUCCUGGAGAGUCAUCUUUACAGAACGUGGCUCCUGUUGGAGCACCGGGAGACACCGUCCAUGACCCAGCUCUGUCCUGUCCAGAACCUCCAGUCCAGCAGCCUGAAGCGCCCGUCCCCUCCUAUGAUCAGGAUGUUGCUAGGUGGAACUGCUCCCAACAGCAGAAAAUAUGGAUGAAGGCUGAGAUGGAAUUACUUGGGCUCUGGCCAGGUUCACGUCCAGUGCGGCACGCCAUGAACAUGCUGUCUCUGUGGCGUCAUCCACCUCAGCCUGAGCUCAUAGAUUCAGUCUAUGAGCUGCCGUCGCCCAAGUACUUUCAGCUGCAUCCAUUUUUCAUCUGGAAGCCGGAGCACCAGAUCAUGGAGAGGCUGAGGAACAACUAUCAGCUGCCUUGUCUCCAUGGUUGUUCCACUCCGCAGGUAGCUUCCUCUGGCGUUGGGCGGCCAAGAGUGAUCAUCGGCGUCAGCGGCCAGUACUACAUCCUAGCUUCGCGGCUCACCUGCAAAGCUUGCAAAAAGUACUGGUACGCUGACAAGCCCCAAUGGCUGGAGAAGCUACCGAAGCGCAUCAGCAACAUCGUGCCAGCUCUCCUCACCUUCAAAAAGGCCAUCUGCAAGUCUGUGAUGGACGAGAUGAGGCGCAGCGGCAGAUCACCAGAGGACAUGGCGAAGCAGCUGACGGAGGCGCUCCACCUGAAGUUUGAGAGAGCUCACCUGGCCUACCUGCACAGCGUCCAGAACAUCAGGGACGCUGAAGCAGGAGUCUACGGUCAGAAGACCAUCUCUGGGCUCCUCAGACAGGCGGACACUCCCGCUCCAUUCGGUGGGUACUCCGACAUCGACGGCUGGAACGGAGUGUCCCUCUCAUCUCACUACCUGGUGGACUGCCUGGUCAGCGAGUAUGAGCGGCAGGAGGAGCUCCUCACUCUGCUGCUUCAGGGGACCUUUGGACAGGCGCUCAGGGCGGAUCACACCCGCAAGGUGGCUAGGAAGGUCGCCCUCUCCACCGGCACAAUGUCUUCCUACGCCAUCAUGAAUGAGAACUGGAUGAUCCUGAGCUGGGUGAUGCUGCAGUCAGAGUGCGACCAGUCACUUCACCCGAUGUAUGAGGGUCUGGCUCGUCGCUACGCUGCAGCUGGAGUGGACAAGGCCCAGUACCAGUGGGUGGACAGGGACUGCUGUGCAGCCUUUAAGGUCCUGGAUCCUGGGGCUCGGGAGCACCUCUCGUGGGACAGCUGGAGGACAACAGAGGCUACAGUGGCAGAGGCAACCUCAUGA